GGCAACUGAAAGCUGAUGAUCUAGUAAUAUCUUAAAAAAAAAUCCCCAUAUCGGCACAGGACACAUAAUUCUGAUGGAUCCGUCAACGUCAGGUAGUCAGAGUCGUAUUUUGUUUUGCUUUUUUCUUUUGUGCACUACAGUUUCAUUUUGUACUUGCUAACAACUAUUUUAUUUAGAAAACUUCAUUUGCAUACAAAAACAAAACGCUACAAACAAGUUUUACUAGAUUUACACUCGAUUCAUUAUUACCAACGUCGCAGACUAGCAUAAAAAUGUCACUUGCUGAUCAGCUGUACACCUCAGAAGAUGUCAAAGAGUCAAAGGAAAGCACCAAAACCAAAGUCAUAAACAUAACCUCAUAUUUUGUCCGUUUUGUCCUUCAUCGAAAAAAACAAGAAACAAACGGAAAGUACUUUAUCAAUUAUGGAAGCGACUAAAUAUCGUUGUAAUUUAGAUAUACUCAGCAGACCAGAUGGUUCUGUACUAUUUUGUGAAGGCAAAACCACUGUUAUUGCUGGACUGUAUGGACCAGUGGAAGUGAAAAUUCAAAAGGCACACAUAGACAAAGCUACAGUGGACUGUCAUUAUAGACCAAAAAGCGGCUUACCUGGUGUUGAAGAUAGAUUAUAUGAAUCUUUCAUAAGGAAUACCUGUGAAACUUCUUUAGUGGCAGCCUUAUUUCCUCGCUCAGCAGUAUUAAUAAUGUUACAGGAAAUGCAAAAUGAUAAACAGUUAAUAUCAUGUGCUGUGAAUGCUGCUUGUAUGGCUUGUCUCAGUUCAGGAAUUGAUAUGAAAUUCAUGUUUGGUGCUGUAACAGCAUUUCUCACAAAAGACGAAGAAUUAGUUCUUACUCCACCUAUAAUUGACAAGGAUAUCAAAGCUCUAUUUGUCAUAGUAUUUGAAAGUACAGAAGGUAGAAUACUAGCAUGUCACACAGAAGGUUGUUUUUCCAAAGAGCAGUUUAAUCAAGCUGUUAGUAUAUGUGAGGCUCAAUGUAUUAACGUAUUCAAAUUCUUUAAACAAACUUUAUUGGACAAUAAAUAAUUAUUCAUAUAGUUUAUACACAGUUGUCUUUUUUAUUCAAUUUCUAUGAUCUCUAAAUACAUAACAUUAAAGAUUCUUUUAUGCAUUUCCAUUCACAAGACAUAGAACUAUGUACAAUCAUUCAUUUAGUUACUUAUUACAUAGAAUUAUAUCUAAAAU